AUGGCUGGGGCCCUUGCGGUCCUGGGCUCCCUCGUGAAUGAAGCUACGGCUGAUACGACCAGCGCUCAAGAUGCGAUAGACUCGUUUGUCAGCAAUUAUCCCAUCAGUACUCGCUCAGCAGCUCAGUCCCAGAGUACACCGGAUCUGGAGAAUCUGAAGGCCGCAGCUCUUGCGGGCAAUUUUACUCUUUCCUCAACAUGGCACACUCUUCAUCAAAAUUGCCCUGGCAGCUGUUCAGACCUCGGUCUGAACUCCAGUGCUUGGCCAGUUUAUACACAACUGGAUCGUCUAGCUCAGUGCGAUGAGCCUAUGUUUCUCGAUUUUGCCCUUUAUACUCCGAUUGACAAGUCAAGCGGCCAUGUCAGUGUGCGUGCAUGUGCUGCUGAAUUGGAUACAUAUAAUACUUGGACUACUUCUGGCUCCUGCUCGGCAUCUAAUGUCACCGCGAACGUCACAUCCUCGUUACAGCUCACCUGGGAUUCAACUGGCAACAAUGGCAACUCAUAUGGAGUGGCUGCUGCAAUCGAGCAGCUGUACGCCUACGAGCUUGUCAACCCUUCACCGUGCAAUGAGACUAUCAACUUUGCCUAUUCGGACGGCGUGGCAGUGGGUCUCUAUAUGGGCUCUGGCUUGCACGGGCAAAAUCUACUUGCUCCCAUUCUGAAAGAGCUUAUGCAGUAUGUCUUAGAUGACGGCAUGCCAGAAACCCUAGCGGCUCAGCUUUGCAGCAACCGAAGUUCACGAUACACAAUGGGUGUAUAUAUCAGCACCGCAGGGGAUCUGAACGAGGCACAAAUGGCUGUUCAGAGCUGGCGCGCCAGUGACUGUCUAGCGUCCUUGGGACAGAAGAAAGCCUGGAUCGACAUCAAUUACUCUGUUGCGGCUCAAGGUCGUCACAAUUCCACAGCAGUCUCCCUGGAGAGGCUUCGCAAGCGUGACUCUGAAUGUACCACCGCCCAGGUUGUUGCUGGAGAUACCUGCACCACUCUGGCAGCCGAGUGCGGGAUCAGCGCCGCAGACUUCACAACAUAUAACCCCAGUUCAACCCUUUGCGGCAAUCUCGCUGCUGGUCAAUAUGUCUGUUGUUCCUCUGGUACCCUACCAGACUACUCUCCUCAGCCUGAUUCCGACGACAACUGUUAUAGCUAUCUCGUCCAGACCGGUGAUAGCUGCGAUGCGCUUUCCGCUGCCUAUGAUCUUACUUCUACCGAGAUCGAGAGCUACAACAACGAUACUUGGGGCUGGAUGGGCUGUGGUGACCUUCUUGCUGGAGAGAACAUCUGUUUAAGCUCGGGAUGGCCCCCCAUGCCUGCCGUUAUAUCAAAUGCAGUUUGCGGUCCCCAAGUCAAUGGUACUGCCACAGCACCUCACGGUACUGACCUCUCUACAUUGAACCCUUGCCCACUGAAUGCCUGUUGUGACAUCUGGGGCCAGUGUGGAACUACUUCAGACUUCUGUACCCCAACCAACUCUACCACUGGAGCCCCUGGAACGGCAGCUAAUAACACCAACGGUUGUAUCUCUAACUGUGGAACGGAUAUCAUUCAAAGUGACGCACCAGCCGAAACUUUCAACAUCGGUUACUUUGAGGGCUUUGAUUUAUCCCGCCCCUGUAUGCGUACCUGGAUUACAGACAUGGACCUGAGUUCAUACACUCAUAUCCAUAUGUCAUUUGCUACGUUAAAUAGCGAUUACACAUUCAACAUUUCGACAAUCGAAGAGCAGAUGAGUGAGUUUGUUGCCUUAAGUGAUGUUAAGCGUAUCAUUACCGUUGGUGGAUGGAGCUUUUCAACAGAUACCAGCACCUAUGAUAUUUUCCGUGAGGCCGUCGCCAGCGAUACUAAUCGUGAGACUUUGGUGUCAAAUACCAUUGCCUUCCUGAAUGAGUAUGACUUGGAUGGUGUCGAUUGGGAUUGGGAGUACCCAGGAGAGCCGGAUAUCCCAGGAAUUCCUGCAGAUACCUCGGACUCUGCUACUGAUUUCUUCCUCUUCCUAUUAGAGCUUCACUCCGCGAUGGCAGAGCAGGUACCGGAUAAGACGAUUAGCACUACAGCUCCGUCGUCAUUCUGGUAUCUCAAGGCUUUCCCUAUUGAGGCUAUCAGUGCUGUGGUAGACUAUAUCGUGCUCAUGACCUAUGACAUGCAUGGCCAAUGGGAUUGGAAUAGCACAUAUGGUGAUGUUGGAUGUCCUGAUGGCAGUUGCUUGCGAUCACAUGUCAACCUUACGGAGACUCUCAACUCACUAUCAAUGAUCACUAAGGCUGGUGUUCCAUCCAAUCAGGUUGCAGUCGGCGUCGCCAGUUACGCACGCUCCUUUGAAAUGACAGAGGCAGGUUGCUAUACUGCAGAGUGCACCUUUGUCGGUCCUGACUCUGGUGCAACUCCAGGUGCAUGCACACAAACUGCUGGCUAUAUUUCCAAUGCUGAACUCGCUUCUGUGAUUGCUGAUGACGAUGUUUACAUGUUCAUCGAUGAUGUUUCUAACUCGAAUAUCAUGAUCUGGAACGAGACUCAGUGGGCUGCUUGGAUGGACGAUGAUAUCAAAGCCACACGAAAGGAGUUAUAUGCCAGCAUCAACUUCCUAGGAUCGGCCGAUUGGGCAAUUGACCUACAAACCAGUAAUGACACCACUGGGUCAAACUCGUCGGGUACUACUGCUUGCGAAAUAUCCAUUGAUCCGAGUGUGUGGAGUGAAGACAGCCCAGUGGUCACCGCAGAAGCAGGCUGCACCCUUAUAUGGCCUCCGAUGCCACUGAGCAGCACAACAACUAUUUCUUUCCCUGGAUGGGCUACAUACAUCACUUACCGCUCAACUGCUACAUCCACAUUGACGUUUGCGGAUAGUUCGACUGUGGAGUACCAUUCGUACUCCGACAUCUCGGUGCCAACCAUCCUAUCUAUUACCCCUGUAACAACCGAUGCCAUUCCAGUGUGGGAUCAAGUUCCUUCGUCUGGUCAGACCGUUCUAUACCAAACAAGCUCAGUGCUUCCCACACCUUUCCCUCUCGUUCUGACCCCUACUGUCGGUGGCACAACAACUGUUAUUGGAGGAACUACUAGCACUGUUUCUGGAUACACAUUUUCCUCUGGCAACAUCACUUAUGCCACUGCAUCCUGGAUAGGCGGUCUUUUCUGUAUUCGAGGAUGUCCACUGUGCCCCCCUGAUUACGACGGCACCUCAGACGGGGGAGGCGGCAGCGGCAGCGGCGACGACGAUGACGAUAACACCACAACUUCCACCAGCACUGAAACGGGUACCUACGGCGAUGCGCCAGGCCUAGCAACCGAAAUCGCAGAAGAUGCGUUCCCAACGACCACCGACGCACUCACUGCGCUAGAAAUAUUGGCUAGUUCCCAGUACGCCUUUAUGGCAACCUACUUCGGCUCUGCACCAACCUCCACCGAAGCCACAGCUACCAACAAGGCCACUGGUACUGCCGGUACAGCAACGGCCACAGCUGGUACUACCGGCACAGGAACGGCCACAACUACCAGCAGCAGCAGCAGCAGCAGCAGCACUCUAGGCUGCUACAUCGUUCAAGAUCCCGACUCUGGCAGCACCGAUACCUACUGCGAAUGCCCUGACUACGAUGGCACUCUCCCCACACUCUCCGGGUCCAAUAUCUGUGACUACACAGCCUUCCCUACAACAACUACCAAGGCUACCACAACCUCCAACAGCAACCCUUACCCGUACACAUUCACUGAUCUGUAUGGCGUUGUCGUUGCUUGUGAGUCUGAGUCCUUCCUGGAGGUCGCGGGUUACAAGCUCACUGAAUGUGCUGGCUCUUCGACUAUUGAAGUCCAACCCACUAUCACUGUCACUGAUGUGGUCACUACCUCCGCACUGAGUAACUUGUGCGAGGGUGGCAGUUAUUACGAAUGCGUUGAAUUGAUCGAAGACUUCGGUAUGGCGUCUUGUCCUAAGAACCCCCGGGCUUUGGCCAGGUGUGAGGAACAAGUCUUUGAGAAUGCACAGUUAGAGUGUGAGACCUUGUGUGUCUUUACAACGUCUACCUAUACAACGGUUUAUGCGACUUUGGCACCGUAA